GGGUUGGAUGGUCCAACAGCAGUUUUCUUCUCUCCAUUAAGCCACAGCAGGCAGGCCAAUAAAGAACUGGCUGGAAACCCAGUUGGAGGAUGAAAGAGCAGGGUUGAAGAGAGCAGUGGAGGAAACUCCUGUUUCUGAAGAACUCCAAAGAAUUAGGACAGAUCUGUGAGGUGUUAUACUAUUAAGACACACUUGAAUACCCCCAGCCCCCCAGUGCACAUCCAUCAGUCACUGCAAAAGACCGGGGGAGUAGCCCUGCUGAUGGUUAGUGGUGAGAGUUGUGCCAAGUUCAUACAGGAUUAUAUGGGUCAAUCAAGUAUUCAAGACAUUGUGUGGCUCUUUUCAGUGCAGUUCUAUAACGGGUUUACCACCUACCCUAGUUUUGUUUUUUGUCACCCAUUGUCACUUAUGGUAUAUAAAUUCCAGAAGUUUCUUCCUUUUAAAAGAGGGAGGGACACUUUAAGGAGCUGGACCUGCAUUCUUUACAAAUAAGUCACAACACACUGCUUCCUUAAAAAAGAAAAAAAAUCCUGUUGCUAGAAUACAAUGAACAAAGUCAAGAUAGAUUGUUCUGCGGAAGUGUCCAUGGUUUUGUGACAAAGAAAUGUUAACAGACUUUAGCCGACAGCUAAAUGUACAUGCUUCAUAGGCGGAAAUACUGUAUUUCAUAUUAAAAGGGCAUUAAAAAUAAGUGUUGGGACACAUCUUUUAAGUAAAAAAAAAACAGAUAUUAUUCGGACUGGUAUCCUACAAGACAAAAAAGAACGAGGAACAGGUUUAUUCUGCGUGCGUGCGUAUAUGUAUUCCUAGCCGCGCGCAACCGCGUCAUUGAAACACCUUCCAAGAGAGGGCCAGCAAAGCAUUCACAAACUGAGUCCCGGGCAACAAGGGAACUGCUCUGUUUUCUCUCAAACUGGCUACUCCUUAGUACACAGACAAGAUCCGGGAGCAGUGUUCAAGUCCGUUGUUGGACGGCGCUGCUAAAGCAAAUCGUAGAAUAGCCUACAACAAUAGUAAAAAGUUUUUUUUUCUUCUGUCGGAAAUAGACUGGUCGUCGAAGAAGGGACCGGACACGAUAAAAGAACUGUUGCAUUUAAGGUACCCAUUUCCAGUCCAGAGGAAGCAUUUAAAGGUCCUAAGGGCAUCGGCAUUUGAUUAUGAUGGCGUCAGUGAAUGACUCCCGCGUGCAGCAGCCAUCGCAGAAGGAUGCGGCCGACCAGAACUUCGACUACAUGUUCAAGCUGCUGAUCAUCGGCAACAGCAGCGUGGGCAAGACCAGCUUCCUGUUCCGCUAUGCCGACGACUCCUUCACCUCGGCCUUCGUCAGCACAGUGGGCAUCGACUUCAAGGUCAAGACCGUGUUCCGCAACAACAAGAGGAUCAAGCUGCAGAUCUGGGACACAGCAGGACAAGAGAGGUAUCGCACCAUCACCACGGCCUACUACAGAGGAGCCAUGGGCUUCCUGCUCAUGUAUGACAUCACCAACCAGGAGUCCUUCAGCGCCGUGCAGGACUGGGCUACCCAGAUUAAGACGUACUCGUGGGACAAUGCCCAAGUGAUCCUGGUGGGGAAUAAAUGUGACCUGGAGGAUGACCGCCUAAUCCCCACAGAAGACAGCCAGCGACUGGCUGAUGAGCUAGGAUUCCAGUUCUUCGAGGCCAGUGCCAAGGACAACAUCAACGUGAAGCAGGUGUUUGAGCGCCUGGUGGAUGUGAUCUGCGAAAAGAUGAACGAGAGCAUCGAGGGCGAGAGGGCGCAACCCAACAACCACCACGACACCAGCCUCCAUGAGACCCCCUCCGAGAGCCAGGGCACCUGUGCCUGCUGAUCUGUGUGUCAGACCCACUCCACAUCCAUACACAGACCCCCACUCUUUACCCCAAUCCCCAUCGUUUCUGAGUGACAGGCUGCUUAUUUGUGUACAGUACAAACACAAUCUGUUGAUAUACUCAAAAUCACUAUAAUCAUGGUGGGAGAUCUCCUUAAAAAGAUACUCAUUCCCUCAUAAAUGCAAACAUAACUUUACCCACACCCAACAUAAGUACUCUUGGUUGGGUAAAAAUGAAGGAAAAGCACACACUCACAUACUCACCCCUGUGUCUUUUGUUACUGGCCUUUUACAAGGCCUCUCCGUCAAAAAACACUGAAACAGAAGCAUAGUGAUGGCUUACACACACUUACAAAGUUCACCACCACAACGCUUUACCCCGUGCCCAAGCCGUCUUCAGCCCCCCCUGCAGGGAUUGGCCGGUACUCCAGUGCUCCUACAGCGUGCCAUUUGUCCACCAAAAUUUAGAUGAUAUAUCUGCCUGAUAUUCAAGCCCAUUUACAAACAGUUGGGACACUACUAGUUCUGUGACCCAUGCGUUGCUCACAUUGUCAGUUUUAAUGAAUGUUCGCAUUAAAGGUCUAUUUACACAUUACACUUGCCACAGCAAUCUACUAGACACAUCGAUAUCAUAGGAGAAAGGGAGAGGUAGAGAGUGAAAUAUAGUCUCUGUCUUAAAAUGAAAUGCUUGUUCAUUGACAGAAGGGUGCCAUUGGGCUGGGAAAUCAGUGGCAAAGCAAAUUGAGUUUACUCAAAACUCAAAAAUGAGUUUAAACAAAGUUCUUGUUUCCAAGUGCCAAUGUCAAGUAUUUCAGUACAAUGGAGAGAAACCUCCAGCGCCAUAGAACAUGUUAUGCCCCUCGAAUAGGCACUCUAGUCCCAAGUCAGUCACUUCAGUUUUGGAGGAGUCAUUGUGGUAUGCUUUUAUCUCAGCCAUGUGCUGCAUUGUGUCUGCGUGUCCCUAUCUGCUCUGCACCACCUCAGUUUCUCUCGCUCCGUGGUGUUCGUUUUGGCCUCUCCCAACUCUGUCCCUUACCUUGUGUCAUAUCUGAAAUACGCACCCCACAUGGUUACAAAAGGAAGAUAGAUAAUAACCUCACCGUUGUUUGCAUUCUUUAACAAGAUUGCAAUUGGCACAGAAAUAUCUAUUGCUGUGCAUGAUAUCUGUGAGAUAGCUAACUGUACAUCGAUGGACUGCAAUUCAAUCAUAAUGAAGAUGCACAAUUCUUUUUAGUGGUUUCAUCUCAGUGGAUGUGGAAUGUCACCUUGUUGUUGUGUGUAUAAUCUUAGUAGUGGAAUAUGUAUGACUGCAUACUACCUUAAGCCCAAUUUACACCAAAGAUUCGUGACGAAACGAAACCGUUGCAGAGGUGAGAAUUAAACGUUGCACGUCGUUGCCAGCUGUUGAAAGCCGUCGCAAAGCAUUUACCGUGUCUAGUCGCAGUUGCAAGGUUAUAGAACAUUGCAGCAAGUUGCUGGUUUAUAGAAUGUUGCAGCUCAUCUCGUCACAAAUCUUUGGUGUUAAUUAGGCUUAAGAUGACUUCUUUAUAUUCAUCUCUUUUUUUUAAACCAUAUCUUGAUUUUGUUAGAUGGAGUUCUAAAAGCUGAAGACACAUGCAAGUGUGUCCUGAAUUUCAUGUGUAAAUUGUAUGUGUCCUUAAGCUUCUCUCUUAACACCAGGGUUCACACAGUCCGUAGACCCAGUGAUAGUGAUGACUGUACCUCACACUCUUCAGAAGGGAGGUGUGCUCACCAAUCAGUUACCCUGUUUAAGUAGCCCUGUAUUGGCUAUGACCCUCUUGAAUUUCGAGGCAAUCAGAAAAUACAUAACACAAGAAUUAUGACAUAACACAAAAAAAUAAUAGAACACAGACAACUUUCUUUUGCUGUUCCACGGACACUAAUCAGUACACACUGAAUUAACACUACAUAUUUACUUGGUAACUUUUUCUUGUUCCAGGAAGAGCAGCAAAUGUGUUUCCUUGUCCUAUGUGUGUGGUGCCAAAGAUCCAUUGCUUUAUGACGGUUUUUAACUCACAGAUUGUGCGAGGCAUGUGGAACAUGUUUCUGUGUGUUGUUGGUGGGACACUAUUGCACUCUUGUGUGUUUAGCUCAAAUGCUUGUUCGUUUUAGUAAUACACUGAAGUUUAAAGAUACACACUGGAUCUCUUUCACAUAGCAUUAAUGCCUUCUAGGGGGUGGAAGCUAAAGGCACAUGCCUACAUAUUUACGUGUUAUAUUUACCCCACACAGCAACUGUUUAGACAAAUGUAAAUGUAACAAUGUUGAUUCAAAUCAGUCUACUUGUUGCGGUCAGAUUCUGACACAAAUUUGAGAUUUGUUAAACGUUUUUACUUUUGUUGUAAUGCAUUUGCGUAUGUCACAUUCAGUCUCAUACAGUGGUUUGCAGAAAAGUACUGGCAGAAGUGGCAGAAAAGUACUGUUUAUUUCCUUGUAUUUUGUGAGAUGGGAUGAGAUUUGGGAAUCCAUGUCUUUUUAAAAAAGUGUAGAAAAAUCUUUGCCAAUUGAAAUGUAUUGACACAUUUGUUUACAUAAAUAAAAAUAAUAAGUAUUGUAAAA